AUGCUCUCGACCCAGAAUGUGGCGACUGUGUUUUGGGACGGGAUCAACACUGGACCCUUUGAGAAGAACCAAGAGAGCAGCGACCAAAGAGAAACAAGCUGGAGACAUGCUGGAGACAGAGGUGUGUGGGCUCCGGACCCGUCUGUGGUCCCCUCUGGACCUGUCUGGGACCACAAUGACCCGCCUGGGACCACAGUGACCCGUCUGGGACCACGGGGACCCAUCUGGGACCACGGGGACCCGUCUGGGACCACGGGGACCCGUCUGGGACCACGGGGACCCGUCUGA